CAGCCGAGAAGGAUCAUCGAUAUUGUGCUAUUUUUUCUACCAUACAUAUACACAUACAUUGAUUUCUAGGACUUGACGCAUCUUGAUACCCAUCCAUCUUGUGUCUGUUUUCUGCGUGUUAUACAAUCCAAACAAAAUGACCAAGGUUCUGUUGACUGGUGGUUCGGGCUUCAUUGCUGCCCACAUCCUCGAGCAGCUUCUCGCCAAGGGCCACACCGUGGUCACCACCGUCCGGUCUGAAGAUAAGGCGCAAAACAUCCGCGAGGCCUACCCCGACAAGGCCAGCAGCGGCGAGCUCAAGGUCGUCAUUGUUCCCGAUAUCGCCAAGCUCGAUGCUUUCGAUGAGGUUGUGAAGGAGCCCGGUCUUGAGGUUGUCUUGCACACUGCUUCACCUUUCCACUUCAAGUUCAAGGACCCCAAGACCGAGCUCAUCGACCCCGCCGUCAACGGCACAACCGGCAUCCUCAAAGCCAUCGCCCGUUCCGCGCCCACCGUCCGCCGCGUCGUCAUCACCUCGUCCUUCGCCGCCAUCUUGGACGAGAACAAGAUCACGGACCCGAACCACACCUUCAGCGAAGCCUCCUGGAACCCCGUCACCAUCGACGACAUCCACCGCAACCCCGCGACCGCCUACCGGGCCUCCAAGACACUCGCCGAGAAGGCCGCUUGGGACUUUGUCCGCGACCCGGCUAACAAUGUCAAGUUCGACCUGGCCACCAUCAACCCGCCCAUGGUGUUUGGUCCUGUCGUCCACCACCUCGCCAGCCUGAGCAGCAUCAACACCAGCAACGAGCGCAUUGUUGAUUUGCUGCAGGGCAAGUGGAAGGAGGGCGUGCCGUCCACCGGUGCCGCCACCAUCUGGAUUGAUGUGCGCGAUGUUGCUAGGGCGCAUAUCCGUGCAGGUUUGGAGGUGCCAGAGGCGGGUGGGAAGAGAUUGUUUACCACUGCUGGCACGUUCAGCAACAGUGAGAUUGCGGAGAAGGUGCGCAAGAAUUUCCCCGAGUAUGGGGAUAAGUUGCCGGAGGGAGAGGCGCUCAAGAGCGGCGAGCUGCCACCGGACGAUCAGCGGUUCAAGGUCGAUAACAAGGCGACGAAUGAGUUGCUGAAGAUCGAUUUCAUUAGUGUGGAGCAGAUGGUGGUUGACACGGUUAAGAGCUUGAAGGAGCAUGGUGCGUAAAGCAUAUAGUGAUGUAGAGGAAAUAAUUAAAGAAGAUUCUGGUUACG